AUAACUGUCCGACCAGAUGAUCCCAAAUUUGAAGAAACUCUGUUACGAUGGAAUGAAAAACUCGACAAUGAACCUAAUUCAGAUAAUGACGGCACUGACUAUGACGACCAUGUUUCAAUUCAGUCCGACAGGGAGAGCACCUACUCAACGGAUGAUAGUGAAGUAG